GGCGGACUAUUUGAUAUUUCUACUUUCUUUUCGAAGAGAGGACUAGAUUACCAGAAAUGCUGGAAGCUUAGCGCUUUACUGAAAUCUAUGAACAUAAUACUGUAUUACUCAACAAUCAAACACAUCAGAUAAUGCCACCAAAGGCAAAGGCAGGCUCUGCUCAAAAGAAAUCCAGAGCUCCUAAAGCACAUAAAUUACCAGACCCAUUUCCAAAAGGAGAAUUACUAAAGGAUUAUGGGAAAAAACACUGGCGCCUUGGAGAAGUCAUUGGUCAGGGAGGAUUUGGACUUAUAUAUUUAGCAACUCUUGUAGAUUCAGAAAAACAGGAUUCUUAUGUUGUUAAAAUUGAACCAAUAGCUAAUGGACCAUUGUUCUGUGAACUCCAUGUGUAUCAGAGAGUAGCUAAACCAGAAAUGGUUGAUGAAUGGUGCAAAGCUAAAAAGAUGAAAUACUUAGGAGUACCAAAGUAUAUCAGCAGUGGAACACAUACACGGGGGAAAGAGACAUUUAGGUUUAUGGUUAUGGAAAGAUUUGGUUCAGACAUACAAAAAAUAUUUGAAAAGGCUGGGAAAUCAUUUUCCAGGCAUACUGUGUGUGCAUUGGCUCUUAGAUUGUUAGACACACUAGAAUAUUUACAUCAUAAAGGUUAUGCUCAUGCUGAUAUCAAAGCUUCUAAUUUACUGACUGGCUUUAGUCAUGGAAAAGAACAACCAAACCAGGUAUAUCUAGUAGAUUUUGGAUUAGCAUAUAAGUUUUACUGUGACGGUGCUCACAAAGAAUAUAAAGAGGAUCCUAAACGAUGCCAUGAUGGCACUGUAGAAUUUACAAGUACAGAUGCUCAUAAAGGAGUAGCUGCAUCCAGAAGAGGUGAUAUGGAGAUCUUAGGAUUCUGUUUGUUACAAUGGCUGUGUUCACGGCUUCCGUGGGAAAAUAAUUUAGAAAAUAAAGAUUAUGUAAGAGAUUCCAAAAUAAGAUAUAUGAAAGAUAUACCAGGUUUAUUAAAGGCAUGUUUUCCUUCUGGUUCCUAUCCAGAUGAAAUAUCUAAAUACUUAACAUAUGUAUCAAAACUGAAAUAUGAUGAUGUUCCAGACUACAAUAAACUCAGAAGUAUAUUUCGUGGAGGACUUUCUGGGAAAGAUGAAUGGAAAAUAGAUUUACCACUCAGUGUAGCAAGCUCAUCAAAGAAGACAGCACAGAAAAGAAAGAGUGCAGGAGAACCCUGUUCUCCAGUAGAGAAAAAAGUAAAAUCUGCAGCAAGAGUUUCCAAAAAAGAAAAGGAAUCUACUCCAAAGCCUAAAGCUGUGAAAAAUACUGUGAAAAAUAUAAAAUCGCCUUCUGCUAGCACACCAAGGCAAAUAAAAUCACCUGUCAAUACUCCCAAACAAAUAACAUCUCCGAAAGUACCUGGAAAACCUGCUUCUAGACAUGGAACGCCAAAAUUAUCACUUGCAGCAAGAAAAAGGUCGAGAUCUAGGUCACCAGCAGCAGCUGCAGCAUCAAAAGUAAAGAAAGGUAGUCCCAAAAAGAGUACUAAAAGACGGGUAAAGAGACGAAAAGCUGUUCCUACAUCAGAUGCUUCUAUUCAGACUUCACCAGGAUUCUCCUCAGGGUCUGGUUGACUACACAAGGGACCAAUUUUAACAGCUUACCACUAAUACAUGUAUAUAUGUACUCUAUAUGUGAAUUAAAGAAACCUGACAUGUCAGUGUAUCAUUAUCUUAAUGCUUCUUUGCAUUUAAGUCACUCAGUUGGGACCAGUUUUUCAGUGAUCAAGCUAGACUUUUGGAGCUUUUCAAUUUCAAUUUAUGUCUCGCCUUUGACGAAAGUCGCGGAAAGCGAGACAUAGGGAUUGAUUUUCCGGCGACGAUGCUGGCUUCAACAAUUGUUAAGUUUUCGGCUUAAGUUAGUUUGAUAGGAACUACUUGUGAUAGAUCAUUGAUAUUUGAUAUAAAGUUGCAUUACUAUCAGUACAUAUCAGUUUGACUAUUUUGAGGCCCUGCCCCCUAGGUCAUGGUCCAGUGACUGAAUUAAUUAUCAAUGUUAAGUUUUCUGCUUAAGUUAGAUUGAUAGAAACUACUAACAAUAGACAAGGAUAUUUCUAUUAAGUUACAAUACUGUCUACAUCUCAGUUUGUCGACCAUUUUCAGGCCCUGCCCACUAGAUCAUGGUCCAGCGACUGAAUUGAUAAGCAAUGUUGCUGCUCAUUAGAUUGUCUUUUUGUGAAUUUUGUGCUGACAGGUGAGACAUAACUCUGUGUAACGGUUUAUUAUAAAAAAAAUUAGAACAUUCCUGUAAAGAAGUUGACUAAAAUUUUCAAAUUUCUUCAGGUCCUUUAGAGAGAAAGGUGGUCUUAUGUUCUGUGACCAUUGUUUAGUUGAAUCACUGCUAAUGUUAUAUACCGGUAAUGUAUCUUGUCUUAAGUGAAAACUGGCUAUACCAGUAAAUAUUUCAAAUACAAUCAUAAAUGAAAAACAUGAAAGUUGGUUUGUAUUCUUUCACCUUUGUAUUUGUAUUUAAGCAUGAAGUUAAAAAGGCAAUUUUAAAAAAAGAUAUUUUAGCUCAAAUUAUCCAAUUCUUUGCCUCAAUUUAACAAUUUUUCCAUUUUUCAUUAUUGAAAUCAUAACCGAGUACAUUGUAUAAGAAUUGGUCAUCUGUCAAAGAUAGUUAAUUGAUCAUCUGAGAUACUUGUGAGAACAUUAAAUUAAAGGUAUGAUUUAUAUGUGUUGAUUCAAUUUUCCAGGUUCGUGGAAAACAUCAAUUGUUCUUGAGUUUUUGAAAUUGUGGUUACUGUCUAUGUAAGAAAUGAUGGAAAAUAUCCCUUUCCUCAGAAAUUAAUAUUUCUUUUUUUUUUAUAAAACCAUGAAAUCAGAAGAAAUGAACACUCUAUGAGUAAAACUAGUUUUACAUUUGGUCACUUACAGUUUUUUACACUAUAUCCCCAUUAGAGUGGGUCUCAUUGGGGUCUAAGCGUGACGCGGGAUUGCCGAUUUUUUGUAGGCGUGAAAGUGAAAGUCAAAUUAUUGUGCCGUGAAAACGGGAAAUGAAGUCUAGCAGGACACAGGAAAUUAUACAAAAAAAUGAGAAUUGAUUAUGCACAUAGUGUAAGCGGGAUAUGGGAAUCUGACAAAACAGUAAGCGGGAUCCGGGAUCAGAACCCCCCAAUGAGACCCCCAUUAGAAAAUUAAUAUUUUUAGUUUCCUGAUAUACAAGUAUCUCUGAUUUUGUUAUAUGUCAGUUAUGAGCUGAGGUACGAAAUUAUUAGUUUUAAGUUUGUGAAAAUAAUUUUAACAAGUUUGCAUUAAUUUAGUAUAGAAUCUUUUUCUUGUAUUAACACCACAUUUAUUUCACACCCAAUAUGCAUAAAAUAUCUUGUUUGUAACAAGAGGAUAUCACAAUUACAUGUAUUGUAUCAUAAGUCCACAUGAAAUUAAUUUUUCUAUUCUUAUUCCCAUUCCUUCUGAACAUUUUUCUUUGAUUUCUAAGUUUAUUUUAUAUUUUCAAAUAUUUCUAUCAAAUUCCUACCAAUUUUGGUUUUAAAAAAAAUUAAUCUGCCCUCUUCUGAAACUUUUUGUAUGGGAAUCUAAAAUUUGAUUUGUGUACCUAAAUCUACUGUGUACUGUAAUGAAUUUUUAUUUUGAAACAGAAAAUGUUGUUAUACAUAAACAUGUAUGCUUGAUUUAUUUACUUAAAACUGAUUGUAAAAUAAUAACUGGUAAUAAUUGUUAGAUAAUAUGUGAAUAAAGUUAUUAAAAGGA